AUGGGACGCAGAACCUGCAAACAGCCGCUAAUCAAGAGAUCGAUGUGUACUCAACCCAUCUCUUGUCCGGAAAAGGCCUGCGUUUGUGGUCCCGAAUACGUGAAAGACAACACACAUAAGUGUAUUCCCCGACACCGGUGUUCAGAGAAUUGUUCAACGGAUGAGAUCUACAAACUGUGCCCGUCUUCGUGUGACAUCCACUGCGGGAAUGUCGACAAUCCGCCCAAAUCUUGUCCCGAAGACAAACGCGAUGAACACGAAUGUAUCGCCGGAUGUGUCUGUCCUUCGGGUCUCAUUAGGGACUAUAGCACUGGAAAGUGCGUCAAAAAAGAGAUGUGCUCUCAGAAGAGUGUGUUGUCGUGUCCGCCAAACGAAGAGUACAGGAAUUGUAGUAAAGUUUGCGAUAAAGUAUGCAAUAAAGAGGACACCAAUUGUGACGCGAGUAUUAGC